UUGAUUCAUUUUAUAUAUUCGUUAUAUAAUUAUAUUAAUCAUGCUAAUAUUUUUAUAGAUUUGAAUCUAUCUCAUUUAAUUUUACAAAUGUGAUUUACUUUUUGUAUGUGUUUGGUAUAGGUUAAUGUAUAAAAGAUGAGAAUACAAAAUAAAGGGCAUUUUUUUUGAAUGAAUAUCAAAUGUAACGAUCGCAAAUUUCCACGACACUAUUAAAAAAAAAAAAGGAAUUACUUGGCAAGCGAUGAUGAGUUGAAUAUCUUAAGCUAAAAAAAGAUAUUUGGAGGAUAUAUAUAUAGGAGAGAUGGAGUCCUGAUUUGAGGCCAGAAAGAAAUAUGGAUGGAUCUUGUAUGAUGAGUAGGCUUCUUCUCUUAUGUUUUCUUCUCUGCGUUUCACCUAAUUACGGCUUUGGAAGAAAACUAGUGGAUAUGUCAGUCUCAGAAAAUCACGCCAUUGCUACUGCUACUGAGCUGCAGGGGAAAUCAAGGGCAAUGUUCGAGUUGGAUUAUGAAGGAACUGGGCCAAACGUCAAUGGAAGAUCUGUACCUUUACCCACUCUUCCUCAGCCUUUUCGCCUGCCUCCACCGUCGCCGCCGCCACCGCCACCGCCACCGCCGCCUUAUUGAAAAUUGCGUUGUAUUCCAAGACCAGAUAGAAACAGACUUUGAUUUCACGAGUUAGAAUAGUUGUCCCUGUUAUAAUAGUACAAACUUUUCCCACCUUGAAUUGAAAAUAUUCCAAUUAAUUUCUUUCUUUAA